AUAGUAUGACCUUUGGGUGUUUCGUCUCCCAGCCAUUUUCUAUGGAAAACCAAGGGGAUCGGGCUAUGAUAGCCACUGGCAGCUUUGAAGAACGGGACGCCUUUAGAGAAGCUUGAUCUUGGAGGCCUCAGUGUGAGACCUUACAAGGACGGCCACCUGGAGGAGAAGCCCAGGAGGAAGAAGCUGGAUUCUGGCAGAGUUCCUCUAUCUCGUCUUGUUGGUGUUUGAAGGUGCCCCCCUCUCCAAUUUUUCACCAUCUCCUGGGAGAUAGCAGGAAAUCAGCAUCAUGGUUGGGUUCAAGGCCACUGAUGUACCCCCUACUGCCACUGUGAAGUUCCUGGGUGCUGGCACAGCCGCCUGCAUUGCAGAUCUCAUCACCUUUCCACUAGAUACUGCUAAAGUUCGGCUGCAGAUCCAAGGAGAAAGUCAGGGGCUGGUGCGUGCUGUAGCCGGCACCCAAUACCGUGGUGUGCUGGGCACCAUCCUGACCAUGGUGCGUACCGAGGGUCCCCGCAGCCUCUACAACGGGCUGGUUGCCGGCCUGCAGCGCCAGAUGAGCUUCGCCUCUGUCCGCAUCGGCCUCUAUGACUCCGUCAAGCAGUUCUACACCAAGGGCUCUGAGCAUGCCGGCAUUGGGAGCCGCCUCCUGGCAGGCAGCACCACAGGUGCCCUGGCUGUAGCUUUAGCCCAGCCCACCGAUGUAGUAAAGGUCCGGUUCCAAGCUCAAGCCCAGGCUGGAGGUGGUCGGAGAUACCAAAGCACUGUCGAUGCCUACAAGACCAUUGCCAAAGAGGAAGGGUUCCGGGGACUCUGGAAAGGGACCUCUCCCAAUGUCGCUCGUAAUGCCAUUGUCAACUGUGCUGAGCUGGUGACCUAUGACCUCAUCAAGGAUACCCUCUUGAAGGCCAACCUCAUGACAGAUGACCUCCCUUGCCAUUUCACUUCUGCCUUCGGGGCAGGCUUCUGCACCACCAUCAUCGCCUCCCCUGUCGAUGUGGUCAAGACGAGAUAUAUGAACUCUGCCCCGGGCCAGUAUAGCAGUGCUGGCCACUGUGCCCUUACCAUGCUCCAGAAGGAAGGGCCCCGAGCCUUCUACAAAGGGUUCAUGCCCUCGUUUCUCCGCUUGGGUUCCUGGAAUGUGGUGAUGUUCGUCACCUAUGAGCAGCUAAAACGGGCCCUCACAACUGCCUGCACUUCUCGGGUGGCUCCCUUUUGAGCUUCUCCUGCUGCUGACCUGACCACCUCUGGCUUUGGCUUCAGCUUUAGCCAGGCCCUGCUUCUCUUUUCCUUCUCCCCUCCUUCCCUUCACUUUUCCUCCACCUCUUCCUUCAACUCCUUUUCCCACCACCUCCCUUCCCUCUCCUCACAUUCUCAUCCCCCUCCCUACCUCAUCUCCCCAUUGUCUCUCAGUGCUGGUGGAGUUGACCCUAUUUGACAGUCCCUUGAAAAGUUCAGCCUGAAUCACUGUCCUGCCCCCCAGCCCAGCCAACACAUCACCCAUAAAGCAAGUUCAACCUUGGUGUCUCCUCCCUCUUUUAUAGCUAUAACCAGAGGUCUUGGUCCUAGGGUCCUUUUGGCUCCUGGUGGGCAGGGGAAAAAGGGGGUGUGACCCACUUCCACCUCCAGCAUCCAAUCUGGGGCCCAUAGGUGUCAUCUAAUCCAUUUAUUUCUCUAGACUCAGGCCCUGGGCUAAGGUGGCAAGUGAAGAAAGAGCCAGAGAGACAACAGUGGCUUUGCUCUUGCCUUCCCUUCCCUUGCCAGGCCACUUGGGCUUUCACCUGCUCAGUACCUGAUACUCCAGUGCCUGCCUUUCCAACCCCCCAGCUGUCCUCAGGUGUUUAUCUGUAAAAUGAGAGUGCUCCUGUCAGCCCUGCAUUUCCUGUGCUUCUUAGAAGAUUUAAAGGAACUUGGGAAUCUUA